AUGAGAAUAUAUUACUCACAAUCGAUCGACAUACCCCUUGACAAAAAUCUCACCGAGCUACUUCAUACUACAGCAAAGCCUUUUCCGGAGUCACAUAUUAUUGCAGCAGAUAAUCUCACGAACCGAACUAUAACGCUUGCUGAACUACGUGACCGCGCCGGGAGGAUUGCAAAGGGGCUAAAGGACACUUUGUGUCCGCUGGAUCAGUCGCGAUGGGCCAUAGUGCUCCCCAACAGUGUCGAAUUUCUCGAGGUAUUCCACGCCAUCUUGUGGGUUGGAGGAGUAGUGUGUCCGGUUAAUCACGCGCUCAAAGUGUCUGAAAUUGGGCAUGGCUUAGCAGUGUCAAGACCGCAUUUCAUUGUGGCGUAUGGACCUAUGUUGGCUGUGAUCGAAGAGGCAGUAAAUGCUGCCACAGCUGAGCUUUCAUCACAGGGUGAAUUAUGGAGCCGGCCUACGAUACUGUCGGUUGUGAAGCCAGCUCCAGGAGUUAAACAUAUUCCUGAUGCUUUUCUAGCUUCAAGUCGGCUUCCCGUACCACAUUGGCCAAAUACGUCGAAACGUUUAGCAUCAAUACACCUAUCAUCCGGCACGACAGGAAAGCCUAAAGGGGUAAUGCUUACACACUAUAACUUCCUCGCAAACGUCCUACAACUUAUAGCCCUAGACCGCGACGGUCAAAUGUUCAACACGUCAUCUCGAACGGUUGCCUUUACUCCAUGGGCGCACAUAGCGAUGACGACAAUGCCAUUGUUCCUUGGCCCUUAUACCGGCAUGUUUCACCACGCCAUGCCGCAAUACAGCCUAGAGAAGUUCGCACAGCUCGUUGGCUAUAAUCAAGCUACAUCAUUCCAAGGAGUGCCAAGCGUCGUUCUUGCACUCGCCAAUUCCGACGUGGCAGAGCGUUAUGACUUCUCACAAGCAAAAAUUAUCAACAUUGGCGGUGCGCCUUUGAAGCCUGAUCACCUUAAGCGACUGCUACGCCGAGCUCCAUGGAGGCUAGUCCAGGCAUAUGGUAUGACGGAAGCGGCUGGUUAUGUUGCCUACCAAGCGUUUGAUGAGGAUAUACCCGAUGGCUCGACCGGCCGGUUAUUACCUGGGAUUGUUGCUGCACUCAAGAAGGAGGGUACGGCCGAAGACACACCUCCAGGUGGCCCUGGUGAACUUUGGUUAAAAGGCCCAAACAUUUCGCAAGGUUAUGCGUUCGAUGAAAAGGCCAAUAACGAAGCGUUUCCCAUGGCAGGAUGGUACAAUACUGGGGAUGUUUGCCGUAUUGACGAGGAUGGCUGGCUAUCGAUUGUUGGCCGCACCAAAGAUCUGAUCAAGUACAAAGGCUUUCAGGUCAGUCCAUUCGAAUUAGAGCAGCUUAUUAACUCUCAUCCUUUUGUCAAAGAGUCCGGAGUAGGAGCUUUGUGGGAUGAGACUGAGCUUACAGAAGUGCCAGCCGCAUGGGUGGUACUGAAAGACGGCGAAAUGAUGAGGAGUGAGGAAACGCGCAAAAGACUUGAGAAUAUUCAGAAAGCUGUGAACGGGCAAGUCAGCGGGUACAAGAAGCUCAGAGGCGGCGUUUGGGCUGUUGAGAAGCUUCCUAGAAAUCCAACGGGAAAGAUAAUCAAGAAGGAACUGGUUCAAAUGACGGAUGGGGUGUGCUCAUUGAAUUCCAGCAACAGAUUUGUUGCUAGACUUUGA